AUGCGUGCGAGUGUCGAGCUCCUCGCCCUGCUUGGUGCCGUGCCAGGGAUUACCGCGUCGCCUGCAACCCAGAAGUCGGGCCUCUCUUACAUCAACCCGCUGAUCGGAACUACCAACGGCGGCAAUGUCUUUGCCGGAGCAACGCUUCCGUACGGCCUCGCAAAGGCAUCUGCCGAUGUAGAUGGCCAAAAUACAGGAGGCUUUGGGCUUGACGGUAGUAAUGUGGUUGGCUUCUCGAGCGUCCACGACAGCGGCACCGGCGGUAAUCCCAGCUUGGGCAACUUCCCGCUGUUCCCGCAGGUUUGCCCCGACGAUGAGCUCAACAACUGCAAGUUCCGGAUUGGCGACCGGAAGCUUCACUAUGUCAAUGGCUCAGUGGUGGCCCAGCCGGGCCACUUUGGGCUUCAGCUCAAGUCUGGCAUUGCGGCAAACAUGACCGUGGCUCAACAUUCCGCUCUGUAUCGCUUCGCAUUCCCGAAGAGCGCGAAGCACCCACUGGUUCUACUAGAUUUAACGGAUUUGUGGCAGAGCCGACAGAAUGCCUCGAUCCAGGUCGACGAAAAGUCUGGCCGCAUGACAGGCAACGGCACGUUUUUGCCCAGCUUCGGCGCCGGAUCGUAUGUGAUGCAUUUUUGCGCCGAUUUCUUCGGAUCGAGCAUCUACGAGACUGGUGUCUGGGUCAACAACCGCGCUGGCACCGACCCCAAGCACGUCUUCCUCACGCGAGGCUUCAACCUGUUCUUCCUGGAGGGUGGCGGUUUUGUGCGUCUGAACCCCCCGAGCGACGGCGUCGUGACAGUCCGCAUGGGUAUCAGCUACAUCAGCAGCCAGCAGGCUUGUCGAAACGCCGAGAAGGAGAUCCCGAGCCCGUUGAAGGACUUUGGCCGACUUGUCGACGGUGCACAGAAGGCUUGGACGGAGAAGCUGAGUCCCAUAUCCAUCAAGAGCGGUGGUGCGACAGAGGACCUUUUGACCAGCUUUUGGAGCGGCGUGUACCGCAACAUGAUUUCACCGCAGAAUUAUACGGGCGAGAACCCGCUCUGGCAUAGCGAUAAGCCCUACUUUGAUUCGUUUUACUGCAUUUGGGAUAGCUUCCGUGUCCAGCACCCUCUGUUGACCAUUCUUGAUCCCCGCGCUCAGACGCAGAUGGUGGAAGCCCUAUUAGACAUAUACAAGCACGAAGGAUGGAUGCCCGACUGCCGCAUGUCUCUCUGCAAGGGCUGGACCCAAGGAGGCUCCAACGCCGACGUUGUCAUUGCGGAUGCCUUUGCCAAGAAUCUCAGCAGCACCAUUGACUGGGAGCUCGCCUUAGAAGCAGUCAUGGCAGAUGCUGAGAACGAGCCAUUGGAGUGGUCAUACCACGGUCGAGGAGGUCUCCAUAGCUGGAAGCAGCUCAAUUACAUCCCUUACCUGGACUUUGAUCCGUACGGCUUCGGAACCAACUCACGCAGCAUUUCGCGGACGCUGGAAUAUGCCUACGAUGACUACUGCCUUUCAGAGCUGUCUGGGGGGCUGGGCAGACGUGAUUUGCAGACCAAGUACCAGAAGCGGGCCAUGAACUGGAAGAACCUGUGGAAGGCCGACCAGACGUCAUUCAUCAACGGAACUGACACUGGGUUCAAAGGCUUUUUCCAACCCAAGUAUCAGAACGGGACUUGGGGUUUCCAAGACCCGAUUGCGUGCUCUGCGCUCGCGGGAUUCUGUUCACUGACGACCAAUCCGAGCGAGACGUUUGAAGCCAGCAUAUGGCAAUAUCUCUUCUACGUCCCUCACUCCGUCUCAUCUCUCAUUUCCCUCCUCGGAGGUGACGACGCAAUGAUCUCGCGUCUCGACUUCUUCCACAGCUCGGGCCUGGCAGACAUUUCCAAUGAGCCCGUCUUCUUCACCGUCUUCCUGUACCACUACACGGGCAGACCGGGCCUCUCGACCGAGCGAAUCCACCAGUACGUCCCUUCGGACUUCAACUCGUCCCCCGGCGGCCUUCCAGGCAACGAUGACUCCGGAGCCAUGGGCGCGUUCCUCGUCUUCUCCGUCAUGGGCCUGUUCCCCGUUGCGGGACAGAACGUGUACUUGAUUUCGCCACCGUUUGUCGAGGAGAUUAGCAUCAAGCAUCCCGUGACGGGCAAGACUGCGACGGUGAGGAAUAUUGGAUUCGAUGCUUCGUAUAAGAAUAUUUAUGUGCAGAGCGCCAAGGUGAAUGGUAAGCCGUGGACGAAGUCGUGGAUUGGGCAUGAGUUUUUCACGGAGGGGUGGACGCUGGAGCUGGUGCUGGGGGCGAAGGAGUCGAGCUGGGGGAAGGCAUUGAAGGACAGGCCGCCGAGUUGGACUCUGGGUAGUUAG